AUGUCCGAUAAACACUAUUUUCCUUCUACAAGUGCCAACUCGUUGGUGCCAAGGGCGUUGAGAGCUCUGGUCUCUGCCAAUGAUCAUUUACGCCUCAACUUUGCUGAAAGGGUAAUUGCCAAUGCUUAUCACGACGAUUCAAAGGUCAGCGUUAUCAGCGGAGGUGGUUCGGGACAUGAACCAGCAUGGAGUGGUUAUGUUGGUGAUGGUCUUUGUUCAGCUGUUGCGUGCGGUGAUAUCUUUGCCUCACCAAGUGCGAAGCAGAUCUUGACCGCUAUUCGGAUGGCUCCUUCGAAGAAGGGGAUCAUCCUGCUAAUCACAAAUUAUACUGGUGAUCGUCUUCAUUUCGGCCUGGCUGCAGAGCGAGCUAAGGCCGAGGGCCUAGUUGAGAACAUUGCUAUCUUACAUGCAACCGACGAUGUCUCAAUUGGACGAAGCAAGAACAGUCACAUGGGCAGACGCGGCCUCCCUGGUCAUGUUUUCACAAUGAAAAUCAUCGGCGCAGCAGCCGCGGAAGGAUACUCGUUUGAUCAGUGUCUUGCGCUUGGACAAGCUGUCAAUGGAAACACCGUCACUAUUGCUUCGGCACUUGAUCAUUGUCACGUCCCUGGAAGACAGCAGCAGUCAUCAGUCCCCGACAAUGUUGUUGUUAUCGGCGCUGGUAUCCACAAUGAACCUGGUCAACUUCACGUUUCGCCAGCACCAUCAGUCGAAGAGAUAAUCGAGAGAUGCCUCAAGCUUCUGUGCGAUGCAUCGGAUACUGAGAGAUCUUUUGCGAAAUUUGGAAAGGGCGAUGAGAUCGGUCUACUAGUUAACAACUAUGGCGGUCUCUCUGUCCUCGAACUAGGUGCUUUAACCGAUGAAAUCCAAAUUCAGCUCGAGUCACAAUGGAACAUUAAGCCUUGCAGAGCAAUCUCCGGUGCCUUCGAAACAUCCCUCAAUGCCCCUGGUUUCUCAAUCUCUCUUUGCAAUCUCACUGCUGCAGCUAAGCAGGUCAAUGAAUCUGUCGCUACACUUAUCCGCCAAUUCGACAGCACCACCACCGCCGUAUCCUGGAUCAACACAACACGUCCUUGCACAACCCAAAAGAGAGUCGCAUACGGUGAUUCCAACAUAACAAAUGGGGAGACUCUCGCGUCCCCCAAACUUGCAUUCGACUGCUCUUUACUUCGAAACGCUCUAGUCGCCGCGUGCGAACGUGUCAUCGAAGCAGAGCCAAAGUUGACAGAAUGGGAUAUGGUCAUGGGCGACGGAGACUGCGGUGAAGCCGUCAAGAGUCUCGCCGAAUCACUCCUUAAAAAAGUCGACGCAGGAUGUACAUCAUCCGGCGAUGUGAUUGAGACUAUUCGCUCUAUUCUGCAGGCAGUUGACGACAUGGGCGGAACCCUCGGUGCAAUUUUCGGUGUUCUCCUAUCAGCACUAUCCACAGCCCUGAAGAGCAAUGUAUCAAAUGGCAAUAUCAGCCCUGAAUCUCCAGAGUUUUAUGCCACUGCCCUCGACUCCGCUGUAACAUCUUUGAAAUCUCACACCGGUGCGCGUGAAGGUGACAGGACCGUCAUGGAUGUGUUGAUUCCCUUCGCCGAUGCGUUUUCAAAAACGCAGAGCUUUUACUCCGCUGUUGAGGUCGCUGGAAAGAAAGCAGAGGCUACCAGAUACCUGAAAGCAAAGUUUGGUCGUGCAACAUAUGUUGGGGAGGACUCGAGUCAGGAACUACCUGACCCGGGUGCUUGGGCCUUUUAUGAAAUCGUUACGGGCUUGGCGGAUGGACUGAAGCUUACUCCUAACUGA